GAUCGCGCGACUAACCCCUGGAAUAGCAAGAGAAAGACACAGGCGCAAGAUUGGAGGGCAAGUUCGCAGAAGAAUCCCACUGCUGCUGCCCUCCCGAUCGGCAUUCCGAACAAUGGAAUAGUCGUCACUUCGACCAACGGUGAAGACAUCACAGGGCGUUUGAACUAUCGCCGUCGCAGUCAAGACCAUGGCGUUCAGGGAACAUACGGCCACCCCCCAUACAGCGACCACGGUCUGAUGCCAGCCAACGGUCAGGCUCUUAUCGAUCCUGGCCAGCCUUUGUUUCCUUUUGACCUUGGGUUCACUCUGGCUGAAAUAGGUCAAGGGCAAUACCUCGAGGUUCAGAACAACGCAUAUGCCAACCCAUCCCAGUACAUCAGCCUUCCGUACAGUGACAGCCCAAGUCAGCUUAACGGUCAUGCUGGGCAUCAACAGUACUCGGAUACUCACCAGGCUCAAUAUGCCGGUUGUCCUGUCCACGACAGUGGCCUAAGUCACCUCAAUGGUCCUGAUGUGCACCAGCAGUACUUCGUCGACACCCACCAACCCCAGUAUAAGGCUAAUCACCCGCACGACAUGGGUCCAAGUCAUCUCAAUGGUCAUGCUGGGCGUCAGCAGUAUUUGAGCACCACCCAGCCUCAAUAUACCAGUGGUCCGGUCGCCAACAACGACGCAAGACAUCGGGCUGCUCAGAUUAGCCAGCAGCCAUUCACCCCGGCCACAAAUACGUUCAGCUUUACCGCCCCGGACUCCUCUGAGAAGCAGGUCGCUCCUGGUGAAGAUGCAUGGGGCAUCGAUUCGUUCGAUCCAGGAACUUGGCCGAUGCUUGGUCCUAAUGGCAUGGCUUGGCCGCCGCCGAGGCCACCACACCCUUAGCGAUGAACCAACAGGCGACAUGAGUUGCUUGAAAGUCAGUUUGUU